AUGCCUUUGUCAGGCCUCAACCAUCUCUCCAGCCUAAAUUUGUUUGGGAAGCUAACUUCUUCCAUCAUAGCUGAAUUCCCUAAAAACCUCACUGACCUUACUUUGUCAGCCUCUUCUCUUAUAGAUGAUCCAAUGCCCAAAUUAGAGAAGCUCUCCAACCUUAAAUUACUAUGUUUUUACUCUAAUUCUUAUAGAGGUAAAGGGAUGCGUUGCGCCACAGAGGGCUUUCCUCAGCUUUUAGUUUUAAGGUUGUGGAAUCUGGUGGAACUAGAAGUUUGGGAUGUAGAGGAGAAGGCAAUGCAAAAUCUCAGGGAGUUGGAGAUAAGAUCCUGCAAAAAUUUGAAGAUCCCAACAGGGUUGGGACACUUGAAGACUCUCCUUGAAUUCAAGGUAACUGAUAUGCCACGAGACUUUGCUGUAGACAUAGCCAAAAAUAAGAGGCAACUUUGGGAUGACGUUGUCCACUCCCCAGCAAUCAUCGCAGCUAAGUGA